AAUAGAAUCAUCGCGGUAGUAUUAAUUUUCACCACUGCUAAUAUAUUCAUUGCCGCAGUGCAAGAGCAGUACUUCUAACCUGACGGGUUCUCUGAGACGAUGGAGUACUCCGAACUGCAAAAGACCUCGAGAAAUCGUGGCUUGACAGUCAGCCCAGGCUUAGUGCUGUCAGUUGUUUGUUUAGUUCUCUAUUCCGCGGGAUUCGUCAGGGUCGAGUUAAAGUUUGAUGAUCAAGACCAGAGGUUGGAAGCUGUUGAGGAAGCCAUUGCUCUUCUGAAAUUUGAAAUGAAGACUUAUAUUAAAGACGAAGGAGCCGAAAUUUCCGAGAAGGAGAAACCAAGCAUUGAACAGAUAUUCAACAGAAACAAACGGAAUGUACCAGACCUUUCUCCGUUGCCCGACAAGGACGACGACCAUUUCGAAAAUGGUUCACCUUUCAAUUAUACAGAUAUAUUCGGGAAUGGUUCACCUUUCAACUUCUCAGCCUACUUAGAAGAAGCUAUGAAACAAAUCACCACUGGCUUGCAAGCGAUGAUACAAAACAGCCUCGACUCUUGCGCAAGCUCGCAAGGACCGCCGGGACCACCAGGCGAACCAGGAAUCAUAGGUCCACCUGGAAUAAGAGGAAUGAGAGGAUUCAAAGGUUUUGCUGGAUUCCCAGGUCCUCAGGGAUUUAAAGGGGACAUGAGUGAACCAGGCCUCCCAGGGGUUAAGGGAGAACGUGGGCCCCCGGGGUUCCAAGGUAUGAAAGGAGAACCAGGCGAAUCGCUUUCUGCACCAAAAGUAACAAUUAGCCCGCCAGAGAUCACCGUUAAAGACGGAAACACUGCCUCUCUGGUUUGUUUUGUCACCGGAAAUCCCCCUCCGCUAAUAUCUUGGUCCAGAGUCAAUGGCGUGUUACCUAGCCAACGGACUACAGUGACGUCAGAUGGCCGGAUGAAGAUUGCGAAUGCUGGUCAAAAGGACUCUGGCAAAUACACUUGUAGAGCCAAAAAUCUGCUGGGGGAAGAUGAACAAACAGCAACUCUUGUAGUACAUAUAAGGCCCACCGUUACUCUCCUACCUGGUCCGUCAUUUGUAGCGAUAGGAGGCAACGUUACCCUCCCAAAAUGCCGGGUGAACAGCGUCCCUCCAGCUGCAAUUACUUGGUCUAAAAGGAACGGUGUAAUACCACAAUCCAGGGCUAUUUCAAAAGAUGGAGACUUAUCCAUCAUAAAUGCUAAGAGUAGCGACAAAGGCUGGUACACCUGUGAAGCCGCAAAUGUCCUAGGAAAGGAGAUGAAGGCUACUCAGUUACUAUUUAUGAAUUUGAAUACUAUGAGAGAGUAUGGGAACCCAACGCCAAAGUACAUCAGAACUGGAACAGAUAAAACCAUCUUGGUCGGUUGUGAUUGGAAAGGAGCAAUAUUUGCUCCAUUUCCAACAUAUAUGUGGACGAAAAUAAACGGACGGAUUCCUUAUGAACGAGCCAAAUAUCGUGGUUAUGAUCUAGAGAUUCGGAACCCAAAAGUAGAAGACUCGGGGAGAUAUGUUUGCCUUGGAAUGUGGAAUGAGAACAAAGUCAAGGCCAUGUUUGCUGUGGAAAUUACCGUCACUAAAGUGUGUGCCCCUGUUGGUGUGGCAGACAGAAAUAAGAUACCAGACUCACGUAUGACAGCAAGCUCAGUUAGGGGCCCCCAAUAUUUACCGUACUACGGCCGGCUGGAUAAAUCUAUCGGAGGAGGAGGCUGGUGCUCAAAGAACAGAGACACCAGCACAGAUUAUCUUCAAGUUGAUCUUGGAAGCGUUCAGUCUGUCUGUGCUACGAAGUCACAAGGAAAAGCUGGACGGUUUACUCGAGACAUCGUGUCUACUUACAAGCUGUAUUUCUCACUUGAUGGUGUCACUUGGAAUGUGUACAAGGAAGAUAACGUUGAAAAGGUUGUGAAGCAAGAGACACGUUAUCAGGGUUACAAAACAACCGUCUCGUUUGGUCCACCAGUAAAGGCUAGAUUUGUCCGGUUUCAUCCAGUCACAGCCGUCAUAUGGACCUGUAUGAGGGUUGAAGUAUAUACAUUACAAUAAAGUGACACUGAGGGGAUUGCUCAGCCAAAGAGUUACAGCGUGACUGCAACUGCUUUCCCCACACCAAUGACAAACUUUGAAUUUUACAAUUAAGGUAGUUUAUCCAUGGUUGGUUUGAUUCACAAAACAAGUUAUGAUUCUAUAACAGUUUGAGAAGAAUGAAGAAAAAUCAGAAGCAAAUCUAACUCUUUUUUUCCUUGGUUACCUUUGUUUCCUUGAAUUUUAGGCAAGCUUGUUCUAAGAGGAAUUUUUUUCUUGUAAAAUCGUUGAAUGCAAUGAAGCGUUCGUGUGGCUGUACCCUUCUUCUCAAGGAGAACCCCUUCCGUUUCUCCUUGGGGGGAGAGAGGGACGGCUACACGUAGGUUAAAUGUAAUCUUUUUUGAAUGUACGAAAAUACUAAGGAUAUAUCUCACGCUUAGAGUAACUUCGCAACAUUUGUUUCCCUUUGUUUUACCUUGCUUAUCUUUUAAGAGUUCAGACAUGUGAUAGGAAAUUUGAUUCCUUAUCAAUGAAAACAAUAAACUUGAAGAAGUUUCCUUCUGAAAUGUCAAAUAAACUCUUAGUAAGUUGGCACAUCA